CUGGAGUCGAGAAUUGUCAAAAUUGUUGCAAUCGAUGGCUUCUGAAAAAAACCACGAUCAUAGUUUUGUGGUGAUUAUUCGUUCCUAGUACAAAAUUAAGUCUGUUUUCAUUUUCCAGUGCUUCGCUUAAUCAGUACUUAAAUAAUCUCUUUAUGAUGUAAAUUAGUAAUAACCUCCUAUAAUCUUGUGCAUUUGACCUCGUGAUGUUUGUUUGGUGCUUGUGAACGUCGUAAUUCCUAUUUCCAUCACAACAUCAGCUCAACGAUGGAGCUGGCAAAAAGCCCUCGGAAAAAGUUGAAGAGCCCGGCUGCAGAAAAUGUAAACUCCAAAACAUCGGUGACGUGUACCAAUGUCCCUGAAGGAUUGUUCGAAACAAGUGCAGCAAAAAAGCACUUCCUUAAAUUUGGCCGUGUGCAGCAAAUCCGACUAUUUCCGAAGAGGCAAAUGUGUAUGGUUGAGUAUGACCAGCCUAGUGCUGCGGAACGAGCAGUGCUUAAUGCCGGAGCCUUCGAUGGGUUUAUGUUUGAUGUCACACGCACAAAAGUCAGAGUGAGAAGAAAGAGUGUUAAGAAGGAUGACGAUCCAGAUUGGGUUCCCGAUUCUGAAGUGGAGGAAGAAUUGUCAGCAAUGGGUGGAGCUCCAACAUACGAAUUGAGGAAGCAAAGUGCAAUCAAGCCCAAAAUAGUCAUGAGAUCACCUAAAACAACACCGAAGAUUCCAGUUGUGAAAAAGCAUCCAUCCAUGAUGCAACCAGCUAGUGGGACCGAGUCACCCAUCCCAAUGCCUUCCGUUCAGAGCAGCCUAAGCACUUUGGAAGCGGCAUCUGAACUGCAUCAGUUGAGGUCCCGAGUCUCAUUAACCCCAGACGAUCAAUGGCGGACGUUGGAAGCUAGGGACAGAAUUUUGAGAGGAUGGGGCGGCGCUGGUUCUCGCGUUAAAGUAGGCGGCGCUACUAUCGGGACAUGUCAGGACAUGUGUCCAGAGAAGGAAUUGCUACACAGACAAGCUGAACGCCAGGUCAUGACCCUAGAAACCGUGGUAGACUCAGACGGGCAGCUGGAGGCCUGGCGCGCCGUGAAGCAAUACAGCCGCAGCUCGGCCGACCAGGAGAUCCCCAUGUGCUACGAGCUACGUCCCGCGUCCGUACUAGCACGCACGUGCGCUUACCUUCUGCACGAGAUCGCUGAUACUAAGCGGCAGGUGUCACUGGCCGAUUGGUUUCAUUUCAUGUGGGAUCGGUUUCGAGGGAUUCGGAAGGAUAUCACUCAACAGGCAUUGUGUUGUGCAGUAUCAAUAAACCUGGUGGAGAUGUGUGCGCGUUUCCACGCGCACUGCGCCGCCAGCCUGGCAGACUUGGAGCACACGCAGUUCGACCAGAAACUGAACACCGACAACUUAACCAAGUGUCUGCAGACACUCAAACAUAUGUAUGCCGACGUGGGUCCUGAAAGCAAGCCUAAUGAAGCCGAGUUCAGAGGAUAUAUCGCGCUGCUUAACUUGGGCGAUGCGAAUUUCUGGUGGGAGAUCAAACAGCUGCCUCGCCACAUCCAGAAGUCGGAGCCGUUAGCGUUUGCCACGCAAGUGUUCAAUGCUAUUGACAACAAUAACUAUGUCAGAUUUUUCCGGCUCGUCCAUGAAAAGGCCACCUACUUACAAGCUUGCAUUUUGUUGAGAUAUUUCAACGAUGUACGGGCUAGGGCUCUCGCAAGGAUAGUCAAAGCGUACGCCCCGCGAGGCACCUCGAAAUACCCCGCUGAAGACAUGAUGAACGCGCUGGCUUUCGAAUCUGUCGAGAGCAUGAAAUGUUUCAUAAACCAUUACGGAUUAAGUUUCUCUCGCGAUGAGGAACUUUCGAUACUUCUAAACAGAAACCAUUUCAUAGAAGAUAGCGAUCCAUAUCCUAUGUCGAGAGCCAUAUCGCUGAUCGAGUCCAAAAGGAACUGCAAGGUGGGAGAAGUUAUUGCUGGCGGUCAACUCCCGAGUGCAGACUACAAAAACCAUGUCCUAUACACAAGUUUUACAAGAGAUGGCAAAUUAAAAGAAUCCGCGUUGCUUGCUGAAGAACAAGGUUAUAAUACUAUGAACGAUAGCAACAAAGAUAUCAAUUCUUUAAAGGAAGAAAUCAGAAGACUAUCUCAAACCAGAAAAGGCGAGAUGAAUACAGAACAGCCAACUAAAGUGCACCUAUUUAUUAAACCAGAAUCUAAGACGUUGAGUCCUGGUAAAUCUUUGAGUACAUUUAUUGCUCCUGCAGAAGUUAAAUCUCCGCCUAAAGUAUUCUCAUUCAAGCCUGCAAUACCUGUUGCGUCUACGGACAUAAUCAAGAAUUCACCGGAAAAGAUAUUUCAGAAUAAUGCAAAAAAUGUAUUCUCAUUUUCAAAGCCUCAAGAGUCUGCAGGUUCUGGUUUAUUUUCAAGCAAUAAUUCUGCUAAUCUAUUUAAACCGCCAGAAGGGCGCAGUGUAUUCGAACAAAAGGUUGAAAAUAAAUCUCUUUUUGCUAAAAGUGAUGCAGUCAAAGAUAACAAUAAUCCAUUCAAGAUUAGUCAAAAUGUAUUUAAAGUACCAGAAAGCAAGUCUGAUGCAUCUAAUAUAUUUAAGCAACCAGAAAAUGCUAAGUCUGUGUUUGGACAAUUACCGAAACAAAAUAAGUCUGCAGAAAGCAUUUUUGCCAAAGCAAAAGACAGCAUUCCAUUUGACCAACCAGACAGCACGGUGGAAUCUAACAAUACUAAUAUUUUCGGAAAACCAUUUGCAAAUAAGGAGUCUGAAAAUGAUCCAAAAAAUAUUUUCAAAAGUGUCGCCAAAUCUAACACGUUUAUGGCUGCCGACAAAAAUAUUUUUUCCAGUUCGGAUGGUUUUGGUAUGAAAAAAUCUUUAUUCUCAACUAACGGUGAUGUGCCCAAUAACAAAUUGUCGCCAGGCAGUUUAUUCAAGAGUGCAUUAAGUACCCAAAAUGGUACAACAGAUUAUUCUAUAUUCCCAACCAAAAAUAAAGGCCCAUCAGUGGCAGCUAAUAUAUUUCAAUCAGUUGCAAAUGCAAAUGAACAAAGCUCGGUUUAUGAUUUUAAAGAAGAUGAAGGUCAAGGUGACCAACAGCAAAUAGAAAACGAUAAGAGAUUAAAAGAGGCCGAAAUGAUGAUUCAAGAACAACUCAGAAAACAAGAAGAGGAGAGAAUUGAAGCAAUUAAACGGCAAGAGGAAGUAAGGCGAAAAGAAGAAGAAAGGCGAAAAGAGGAGGAGAGGCGGAAAGAGGAAGAGAGGCGUAAAGAAGAAAUGCGACGGAAACAAGAAGAACAGAGACAGCUCGAAGAGAAACGCAGAAAGGAAGAAGAACGGAGGAAGCAAGAAGAACUUCGAAGAAAGAUUGAAGAGGAAAAGAAAGCUGAAUUGAAGAGAUUAGAGGAAGAACGCAAAUUUAAAGAAAGAGUGGAAAAGGAAUCAUCAGAAGUCACAAAUGAAUUGAUCAACGAAAUUAAUGAUGAAACUAUAUCAGUCGUAAUGAAAGAAGAGAAAGAAAAGUUUGAUAACUUAAUGUCUUAUGCUGAUGAUGUAACUGAAGAAGUAUUAUCGAAUUUGUGUGAUGAAAUGUGCCAUUCGGAAAUGAAAGCUGAAAAGUUUUGGACUGAUAAACUAAUGAAGAAAUGGUUUCACGUAUGGCGGAAACAACUGAGGAUUAAUCUUAAAAGAAGAAGUCUUCUGGAGGACACGCCUGUAUGGUUAACUGACAGGACUCCUCUGGAAGAAGCGCAAAGUCUUCGCCGAUUUGUAGAAAAUGCUGCUCUUAAAAACAUGAACUCAAUUCACAGGGGCUACAAGUUCUCUGGAGAACUAAAGCAACUGCCUCCACCAGAACCAUUUAACUUAAUGGAGAUCAUAAAAUCACCUUUAUUAAAGCGUAUGAAACAAAUCAAUUACCCAUACGAUAAAUGUUUCUUUUGGAAACUUACAUUAGUAUCACCUGGUGCUAUGAAAUGGCUUUACAAAAAAGUUGAAAUCGAAAAGUGGUUGUUAGAUGCGUUUAGUGAUAAAAAGAAACAUGCCUCAGAUAAUCUGGUGCAAGUUGGGAAACAAUCGUGGAAUAAUUUGAUGGAUUUCGCUAUUUCAGUUAGCUUGAUAAACACUGAGAAAAAUAACUGUAGUACUGAAGCUAUUGAAGGUACUAACGGCCUGUUGUUCUAUGCUACAGAAAAAGAUUUUCAGUUUAGUAAUUUUUCAGAAAAAGUAGAAGUUACAUUGAAAAACAAGCAUCCAUAUCAGAUUGUGCCAGUUGCUAUUAUUAUGCCAAAAUUAGAGGAAAUGCGUGAAUACAAUGUACUUGAAUCGUCGCUGACACGCCUAAUCCAAAACAAUGUCAUAUCUGCAUUUAAAAUAUUUGUAAUAGAUCAUACAAAUAUCUCGGAGUCAUUAAAUAUAGCAACUAAGUCAGCCAUGAAAUGGCUGGCUAAGAAGUACCCACCAAACCCACCUCUCGAAAUAGACUUUCUGAAGUCUAUUUGCCAGAGAUAUCUGGGAAAUGAAAUAUGGUGCCGUUUGAAAACGGAGAGUGAUGGUCGUGUCAAAAUGAUUCUCAGAGAUCUACAAAAACUAGUCCAGUGCUAUAACAUAGCUGUAGAUAAGUUGACAGCUUUAAUUACAAAUGAAGAUUUGUUUAAUUAUUCCUCGUUUCCGCUGGAAUUCAAAGUUUACUUAGAUGAAAAUUCUCCAUAUCCAAAGCCCUACGAAUUCAUUCCCAGUAGCGCCAAGACCUCGGAAAAUGUUACGGCAAUCAGAAACUUGAUGAAUCGGCUAAAAUUGCCUUAUCCCUCGUCCCAGUUUUAUCCUACAAGUGUGUGCAAUAUGCAGCAGGAAAUCCGUAAAUAUUGCAACCAGAUUGGUUGGUUCGAGAACCCAGAGCAAGUAGUGUGUAAAGUCGUGGCGCUGUUGCCAAAUCAGUUCGCAGACCUCGCCAUGCCUCGUGACCAGUUCAAUAUGCUCUUUGCCCAUUAUGAUCUCAUAGAUAUCUUAAAUAUUAUAGUGUACGAAAAAAUAAAUGGACUUAAUACUUUUGAAAACCGAUACGCCAUAUAUGAUAGAUCAACACUAGAUGACUAUCGCAACUCUCAUUGGCUGCACAGCAUAGAUAUUAUUGCGAACCUGAAACACAAACCUGAAGAAAGCGAUGAUGAUAUUGAUCUGUUGAUUGAAGCUAAACGACGGAAGAUUGCUGUGGAUUCAAUGGAGUAUUUGAUGUUAGAAGAUAAAGAUAGUACAAUAGUAGAAGAAAAUAUUAAAGCUACUGAUGAAAGUAUUUCUAGGUACAAUAAUUGUUCUGAAGCUGUUAAACAGUUAGAACAACAAAUUGAGGAUGAAAGGAAAAAGUCUAUGGAACUUGAGAACUUGCUAAGGCUUGCUUUGUCUGAUGUGUAAAGUAUAAAUUGUAUUGAUGCAUGUACUUUUUGUGAUGUCAUAUUUUUGUAAUUUAAAAUAUUGUUGAUUAAAUAGAUUAUAUUUCCAUGAAA